AUGUUCGAGAAAGGCAGCGAGACGAGCGUCGACUAUACGCGUCCACAUGUCAAGCAAUUGGAGAGUCUACUGCAGAACCUGACGCAAUGUGAAGAACGCAAGAGACAGCAGAGCGUCGAGAGCGCGGCCGCUGAGACGAGACACAAACUACUAAACGCUCAGCUAAUUCAGACUCAAGAAGAACUCGUUGUUGCUCAAGCGAGCAAGGCCAAGCUGUGUGAGGAGAUCGGGAUGUUAAAGCAGACCAAGCAACACCAAUCGAAGCAGCUGGACAAGUACAAAAUUGACUUGCAGACUGCACGGGAGGCAAAAGCCGUAAUGACAAAGAAGGUGGAGCAACUGGAGGCGUCAACAUGGACUAUCAAACAGCAGUACAUUCGAUCGCUUGCUUCCCGUAUCAAGACAAGUGCUCUGGUUCUCCAGCAGCUAAAUGUAGCAAGUGAGACCACGAUCAGUGCUCGGGUUGCUGAGAAAUGUACUGCGAUGAAGGAGGCGAAGUCCAACAAGCGCAAACGCAUUCUAGAAGAAAAUCAGAUGCAACAAGCAAGUGAAGACGGCGGCAAGCCCGAGUACACAGGAAGCCUUACGGAAAACGAGCCGCGCUCCAGGGACAGUCAACCGUCUGACUUCGUUGCAGUAGAGGGCCCUGCAGCUAUAGCAGCACCAAGUAAUGAUACACAAAUGAUGAAGGGCUCCAUGCUUUUGCCAAACGCAAGUCACAAUGGUCGUAAGUGCGAUGAAAAAUGUGAAGACCGUCUUGAAAGCAAACACGAAGUUGGUGAAUUGCGUGCAAACGUUACUAAACUCAAAUCGGAGUAUUUGGUGCUGAAUGACAAGUAUAAUGCGCUUGUCCGCGACCAUAACGAGAGUUUAGCCGAGAGAACGAUGGCAGCUGAAGAAAUCAAGGCAAAACAAUCAAAAAUAGAGGAGCUGACGCAGAUGUUAGAAAGUUUGCGGUCAAAGCCGCAUGAUCUUACUACCGAUACAAGCUCUGUGAGUGAAAAGGAUAAGGAAGCUCAAGAAGGGCGCUUGAAGAUGCUAGAGGAAAACUUGGCGCAAAUGAACGCAUACGCUGAUCAGCUAGAGAUGGUCAUCGCGCAGUGUCCGUCGUGCACCAUCAAGCUCCGAAACGAGAGCACGCAGGAUUCCAUUGCUAGCAGAACGGAGUAA